AUGCCGCCCAAGAAGAAGUCUGACGCCCGUGGAGGCGUGCCCAAGCCUGGGACAAAGCAGGCAAAAGCUGCCGCUGAGCGGACAGCGGAGAGCGCGAAGAAAGCGCAACAACCAGCGGACGAGCAAAAGAAGCCUACAGUCAAGCAGGUCAUUGGUGGCGCAUCAUGGACGGGGAAAUUGCCGGUCAAUUUGAUGUCAGAACAUUGCCAGAAACAUAAAUGGGAGAAGCCUGAAUAUACUAUGGACAAAGUUGACGGAGGGUUUGUCUCAUCCGUUAUCUUGAAACGCAUCGACUCCAAGACUAGAGAAACGAUUACACUCCCUCGCAUACGGUUGCCAGCCAGUUUUAAGCAGCCAACGGCGCUGGAAGCUCGUCAUUAUGCUGCGACAUUUGCGCUCUUCCAUGUGUGCAACAAAACCAAUCUACACAUGAUGCUCCCACCAAACUUCAAAAAGCUUUGGAAGAGCGACUUUGAAGAGCUAAAGGCGGCAGAGUUCAAGAAGGGAGACGGCUGGCUGUAUGAGGCGGAUCCCUUUUUGGCCAAGAAGGAGCGAGAACUUGCGGCUACGGAGGUUGAAAAGAAACGAAAAGAGCGUGAAGCAUCACAGGCGAAGUCGUCCGACGGCGCGGUGAAUCCAGGGUUAGGGCCAGGGCCCAGAGGACAAACUAAAGGGAAAAACGUCUGGACAAAUACUCCGAAGGUUGAUUUGGGAAACAGGGUCCGUCGUGAGAUCGAAGCUCUUGUGCAGGAGCAUACGAUCUGGAACCCUUAUGACGUGAAGAUACCCGAGUCAGAGCGAACGAGCGUUAUCGAAGAGUUCACGAAGCUAGGGUUUCGCCGUAGCCACGUUGAGGAAGCCAGCGCUGCGUGUAAGGACCGAGAAGAAGUGCUCGAAUGGCUAUUGAUCUACGUGCCGGAGGAUGAUCUACCAUCUUGGUGUCUACCUGAGAGAUAUUCAGUGGGCAUCACGCUGGUCAGCGACGACCUUGCAAGGGAAUCGAAGCUCAAGCGACUCGCGUCGGCUGGAUAUCCCACAGAUAUCUGCGCACGAACACUUGAUAGCAAGCAGGGUGAUGAGCUUGCUGCGGCUGAAGCACUUCAGCGCACUCUUGUACACGGGGCCUCAUCUAGCAACUCUGUGCUGUCGGAGAGCGAGGAUGGCUGGGCUGAAGAACAAGAGACACUGGAAGCCAUCUUUGGAGAACGAUACUCAUCCAAAUCACCCGAGGUCUGCGAGAUUGAGUAUUGGCUGGAAACUCAUUUACCGAAGAUCAUUGAAGAUCCAGGGAAGUUACGCGAUAUAUCAGCACUAUCAGCACCUCCCGUUGCUUCUUCGGAAUCAACUUUUGAACUUCCUUCCCGCCAACGGAAUAGGAAUGUGAAGAAGGUUGAUUGGUCGCCUGGUUCAUCCAAAAGCCUUGCCAUCAAAGAAGCUUGGGAGGCAAAGCAGACUACGAAAGCUCAACAGGCGAUGCUCCGGGCCCGAGAGUCGCUUCCUGCUUGGAAUACCCAAGACGCAAUCAUACGCGCAGUGAAUACUCACCAAGUCACAAUAAUAUCUGGAGAGACAGGUAGCGGUAAGAGUACGCAAUCAGUACAGUUUGUCCUCGAUGAUAUGAUCAAGAGAGGACUCGGUGGUGUGGCGAAUAUCAUCUGUACUCAGCCGCGCAGGAUCUCCGCGUUAGGUCUGGCAGACCGAGUCAGUGAUGAACGUUGCUCAUCCGUCGGCGACGAGGUCGGUUAUAUCAUUAGGGGCGAGUCGAAAUCUAAGCCUGGGACUACGAAAAUCACAUUCGUCACAACUGGUGUCUUGCUUCGUAGGAUCCAGUCAAGCAGCGACUCAGGAAAUAUCGCAAGCUCUCUUGCCGACGUCACGCAUGUGGUUGUCGACGAAGUCCAUGAACGCAGUCUCGACACAGACUUCUUACUGGCCCUCCUAAAGGAUAUUCUCCGCCAUCGGAAGGAUAUCAAGGUGAUUCUGAUGAGUGCAACACUUGACGCAGACAUCUUUACACAAUAUUUCGGCGGGCGGCAAUCGGUGGGCUUGGUCCAUAUCCCUGGGCGAACCUUCCCGGUGGAAGAUUACUAUCUCGAUGAUGUUAUUCGUGAAACGGGGUUCGCACCAGAGCUCGCCGAGCGAGGCCUCGAAGAAGACACAGCCCCUUCUUCAGCAUCUGACGAGUCAUUUGGCAAAAUCCUUCGGUCCGUUGGCAUGGGGAUUAACUACGAGUUGAUAGCUUCCACCGUUCGGUAUAUUGACUCCAAGCUAGGAGAUCAACCUGGGGGCAUCUUGAUCUUUUUACCAGGAACGAUGGAGAUCGACAAAUGCCUGAACGCCGUGAAGAAGAUCCCCAACGCACACCCACUUCCUCUACAUGCAUCUCUCCUCCCAGCCGAGCAGCGUCGCGUGUUUCAGAGCCCUCCUAACGGAAAGCGGAAAGUUAUCGCAGCCACUAAUGUAGCCGAAACAUCAAUCACCAUCGAAGAUAUUGUGGCGGUUAUAGAUACCGGCCGAGUGAAAGAAACUAGUUACGACCCUAGAGACAAUAUGGUUCGACUACAAGAGGUAUGGGCAUCUCAAGCAGCAUGUAAGCAGCGCCGUGGAAGAGCCGGUCGAGUUAGAGCUGGUACUUGCUACAAACUCUACACGCGCAAAGCAGAAUCAAGCAUGCCACAGCGACCGGACCCCGAAAUCCGCCGCGUCCCUUUAGAACAGCUGUGUCUUUCCGUCCGCUCGAUGAAGGGAAUCGACGAUGUCGCCACUUUCCUUGCCAACACGAUUACGCCCCCGGAAACCAUUGCCGUCGAAGGAGCCCUCAACUUCCUCCACCGUGUCGGAGCCCUCGAUCACGACAGACUAACAGCCCUAGGCCGAUACCUGUCUAUAAUCCCGGCCGACCUGCGCUGCGGCAAACUAAUGGUCUACGGCUCUAUCUUCAACUGCAUCGACGCCGCCAUCACAAUCGCUGCCAUUCUAACUGUGAAAUCUCCCUUCGUGUCACCCCGCGAGCGUCGCGAAGAAGCAAACGCCGCCAGAGCUGCUUUCUCUAAGGGCGAUGGCGACCUUCUCACUGACCUUUCCGCCUACCAAACCUGGUCAGAUCUUGUCAAAACUCUGGGCUACUGGGCUACGCAGUCCUGGUGCACAACCAACUUUCUUUCACACCAGACCCUCCGCGACAUAUCCUCCAACAAAGCCCAAUUCAUCAGCUCGCUCAAGGAUGCCGCAAUCGUUCCUGUUGACUACUCUGAAUCCUCCCCCUCGUUUUCACGCCUCAACAGCAAUGCCUCUAACCGCAGCCUUCUCCGUGCCCUCGUCGCCGGCGCCUUCCAGCCUCAGAUUGCACGCAUCGCGUUUCCGGAUAAGAAAUUCACUACCUCCAUCACGGGAACAGUCGAAGUUGAUCCGGAUGCUCGCACAAUCAAGUACUUCAACCAGGAGAACGGCCGCGUCUUCAUACACCCAUCUUCCCUUCUUUUCUCUGCACAGUCCUUCCCCAACGCAGCUGCGUAUCUGAGCUAUUUUACGAAGAUGGAGACAUCCAAGGUCUUUAUUCGUGACUUGACCCCGUUCAACGCCUACUCGCUCCUCCUAUUCUGUGGCUCCAUCGACCUCGACACCACAGGCCGCGGCCUCAUCGUAGAUGGCUGGCUACGUCUCCGCGGCUGGGCGCGUAUCGGCGUCUUGGUUUCGCGGCUUCGCACGAUGGUCGAUGAGAUUAUUGCGACAAGGAUUGAUAAUCCCGGAGCCUUUCUGGAGUCGCUGUCGUCGAUUUCAUCUUCUGCGUCUAGGAAAGAUAGAAUUGCGAAUCAUGUUAUCGAUGUGGUGAAAAAGUUGAUUGAAUUUAACGGGCUGGACCAGUAA